UUAGCAGUUUAACCAUCUGUUAUUUUGCUCCAUUCGCGUCCUGAAUAGAUUCGAGGUUUGUCCUAAUGUCUCUGCCUCCAGCAAAAGCUUCUGAACUGAAGCAAAUCAUUCACAACCACUUGAGAAAGAUUGAUAUACACGGGAAAAUCCGGGAAGUGCUGGCUGAGACUGUGAGGGAUGACUUGGGCCCUGGAAAUACAACUUUCUCUGAAGGGGAUUUUGUACUUGCUCUGCAACGCAGGGGCAUUAUAGAGGAUGUGAUGAAGGACCUACACUCUGCCAAGGAAAUACCUACAGACACAGAAAAAGGAUCUCCUUUAAAGCCUGCCACUCACUUUGUUGACCAAGACCUGGCUCAGUUAAAGAAAACUAGCAUUGACCCGACACGGCGAUACCUUUAUCUGCAAGUGCUUGGAGGUAAGGCCUUUCUGGAUCACCUCCAUGAGCCAGAGCCUCUACCUGGCCAGGUCUGUUCUACCUUUACACUCUACCUACACUUCCGCAACCAGAGGUUCCACUCAAAGCCUGUGCCAUGUGCCUGUGAGCCCGAUCUGCAGGAGGGCUUCCUCUUGGAAAUCCAUAGAGGUGGCAUGGGUGAGGGCUGUAAAAUGGCAGAUGCUACCACCAUGCUGUCUAUUUGUGACCCAGUUCACUUGGUGCUGAUCAAGACGAACACUUCCGCCGAGACAACUCUAGUCUCCUCCUAUUUCCUGGACUGGAGGACCAUCCUGAGCUCGCCCAGUGGGAAGACAUGCUUUGCUGUUGAGCUGCUUGGAGUUGGAAGUGAGUGUAAAAUACCAGCUGGAGUUCUGAAUAUCCAUCUGGAGCUGUACCCUCCUCUGACUGAGACUCUGAAUCCUGAUGUCGUUACUACACAGCAAUCACUGGAACGCCAGAAAACAGCAGAGAAGGAAAGACUUUUUCUGGUUUAUGCCAAACAGUGGUGGAGGGAGUUCCUGGAGAUCCACCCAUCGCACCAAUCCAAACUGGUCAAGAUCUUUGCACAGGAUGAGAAUGGUGUCAACAGGCCAGUGUGCUCCUAUGUGCAUGUUCUCCGUGCAGGUCGGCUCCUGGAGAGCCCCCGGCAGGCAGCCCGCUUCGUCAGCCUGCUUGCCCAUGAAAGGGCCCCUGUGGUCGGAGGAGGGGGCAAGCAGGAGCAGUGGUGCACCCUCCUAUCUUUCUUAUGUAGGGGCAAGGGGGACUGUGAGGACCACGCCACCUUGCUGUGCAGCCUCUUGCUGGGGUUUGGCCUGGAUGCCUAUGUCUGUGUGGGCACCAAGGUCAAGAGCAGACCACACGCCUGGGUCAUGACCAGGGGAACAGAUGGGAGUAUCACCUUCUGGGAGAGCCUAAGUUCACGUCGGUACCUGCACCGGCCCAUAGACCCAGAUGACCCUCCCCUGGCACCCCAACCCAAGCCUUCCUCUCCUUACCUCACCGUGGGUUGUGUCUUUAACCACCAGACCUUCUUGGCCAAUUGUCAGCCCUCCGAUGCUGUGGAGCUCUGUGUCUUUGACCUCCAGAACCAGUCUCACUGGAAGGCAAUGAGCGAGGAGGCCCUGCGGUCAGUAUGUGCCCUAGGCUCCACCACCUCUCUGCCCCCUCUGCCUCCACUCUGUGCCCCCACUCUGGAGCCUGCAGCUGCCAGCAACCAGCUGGAGCUGGAAAUGCGCUACCUGGUGUCUGAACACAGGAAGGACCUGGAGCUGACGACAGUGUGGGAUGACCACCUGUCCUACCUGUUGUCCUCUGCUUUGUCAGCCUACGAGCUGGAGCGCUGCACCGGCGUCUCCUGUGGCAACGAGGAGUUCCAGGAUGCUGUGAGGAGAGCGGUGCCAGACGGACACACCUUCAAAGGUUUCCCCAUCCACUUUCUGCACCGCAACGCCCGUAGAGCCUUUGCCACCUGCUUCAGGUCUCCAUUCUGUGAGGAGAUAGUGUGCUGUCGUGGCGAUCAUGUGAGGCUAGCAGUCCGUGUCCGGGUGUUUGUCUAUCCUGAGAAUGCUUGCGCAGUCUGGAUCAUGUUCGCCUGCAAGUACCGCUCAGUUCUCUGAUCAGUGGACAAACGGUCCUGUUACCCCAUGGUGCUGUAUCAAAAACUUAAGGCUCAUGGCACAUGUGCCACCAUAAGGCAUACUUUACAUUCUGUGACCUCAAAGGGUCUAGAGCCCAAAUGAGCCAGGCCUGUUUCCUGUGGAGCCAUAUAUAAGAAGAAGGUCAUGUGUCAUUAAAAGUCUUGAACUCAGGAUUGGACUAACUAGCAAACUUGGGUCUCAACGCAAGAAAAUUUUAUUCUAUAACAGUGAGCCAUUUAAUGCAGUUUUAUGAAUGAGGUGCUUACAUACUAUAGUAAUAGCAAAUAGACAUAAUUUUAACUGUCAUUCCCAACUGGAUGUUCUGCCCUUUUUUUGAAGGUGUGAACAUUCGUUGUGUGUACAGAGAUUUAUCUGUUUACACUCUGAGAUAUACUUAUAUAUUUAUUUUUUUAA